CUGUGAGAGCCCCGCUCCUCCAGCGGUACUGUACUGUGUAUGGCCUACUGCAGCUACAGCUACAACUCGUGGAAGCAAGAAUGACACCGGCGCCCCCCAUCAUCAAGACAACCUGAUCGUAAGGGCGGAUCUGAUUCAUUUUCUAUCUUUAAAAAUACCAUAAUGAUGGCGAUUAUCAUGGCACCUUUACGGACACGAUUGAUCGUAGCUGUUUUUUCAUUCACUGCACUAUGGGGAUUUGCGCUUUCCAUCACUCGUUACUCUAUUCCGGAGGAGAUGGAAGAGGGCUCCUUUGUUGCCAAUCUGGCCACAGAUUUGGGUCUGGAUGUUCGCAGUUUGGUGCAGCGCAGAGCAAAGCUCGAUGUCAUUCACAGCAAAAACUACCUUGACAUCAACAAAGAGACAGGGGAGCUGAUAAUCCGCGAGAAGAUAGACAGGGAGAGCAUAUGCAUGACUAAAACAACCUCGUGUUUUCUGAAAAUGGAUGUCAUUCUUGAAAACCCCAUUCGCAUUUUUAAUAUCGAGCUAGAAAUCAUGGACAUAAAUGACAACGCUCCUGUGUUUCGCAGAAAGACAAUGCCCUUGGACAUUUCGGAGGCAACCCCUCCCGGUGAGAGAUUUUCAUUGACAAACGCCGUGGAUGCGGAUGUGGGGGCGAAUUCAAUCAAGACCUACUAUCUCAGUGAGAGCAAAUACUUUAUCAUCGAUAUACAGACUGGCAGCGAUGGUUCCAAAUAUGUCGAUUUAGUCCUCAAUGGUAAUUUGGACCGAGAGGAGCAUGCAGUUCAUAAUUUGAUUUUAACCGCUGUGGAUGGAGGGGUGCCUCCUCGCUCCGGCACAGCCAGCAUCAUUAUUAACGUUCUGGAUAUCAAUGACAACGCCCCCCUGUUCAGUCAGCCGGUGUUUGCAGUCAACGUUUCAGAGAACUCGGCUGCAGGGACAGUGGUCAUGACCUUAAACGCAUCAGACUUGGAUGAAGGCACAAACGCCCAGUUAAUAUACUCAUAUACUCUGUACACCUCAGAGAAGACACAAGAGCUCUUCUCACUUGAUCCAAACUCAGGCGAGAUCAAGGUAAAAGGGGUAAUCGAUUACGAAGAGAGUCAGAGUUUUGAAAUGCACAUACAGGCUCAGGACAGAGGGGCGAACCCACUGUCAGGACACUGCAAAGUGACGGUGUUCGUCACAGAUCUGAACGACAACUACCCUGAGGUGACCGUCAAGUCUCUGAAAAGUUUAGUGACUGAGAAUGUCUCUGUAGGGACACUGAUCGCAGUGGUCAGCGUCAGCGACAGGGACUCUGGAGUCAAUGGGGAAGUGGAGCUCACCUUGAAUCAGCAACAAACCUUACCAUUCAUGCUCAACAGAUCCUCAGAGGGUUACUUUGAGCUGCUGGUUUCAAAGCCACUAGACAGAGAGAUAAUAAGCAAAUAUGACAUCACGCUAAGGGUGACAGACAAAGGCUCGCCACCCUUAACUGAAAACGAGACCAUCACUUUAGAGAUUCUGGAUAUCAAUGACAAUGCACCCACAUUCCCUCAGUCCUUCUACACAAUCCAUGUUGUGGAGAAUAAUGUACCAGGGGCGUUAUUGACAUCUCUGAGUGCGUUUGACCCAGAUCUCAAUGAGAACCAGUACUUGGUUUAUUUCAUAAUGGAGAAGGAGAUUGUUAACACGUCUAUGUCAAUGCUGUUCUCCAUCAACCCUGAGAACGGCGAUCUUUAUGCCCUGAAGACCUUUGACUAUGAGAGAGAGAGGGAUUUCCUUUUUCACAUCGAGGCUAGAGACUCUGGUGUCCCCCCACUGAGCAGCAAUGUGACAGUUCACAUCAUCAUUCUGGACCAAAAUGACAACACUCCUCUCAUAGUGUCACCUUGGCGGGCGCAGGGCUCUGUUGUAGAGGAGGUGAUACCGAGGUCCACAGAUAAGGGGCACUUGGUCGCCAAAGUGAUUGCCAUUGAUGCAGAUUCUGAGCAGAACUCCAGGGUCACAUACCAACUCCUCCAGAUCAGUGACGCAUCCCUCUUCAGCCUGGAUCAGUAUAAUGGAGAGAUCCGGACAACAAGAAUGUUCAGUUACAGAGACCCAAGACAACAAAGGCUCGUGAUUGUUGCCAAAGACAAUGGUGAACCUGCUCUGUCAGCCACUGUCACCAUCAAAAUAUCAACAGUAGAGCAUGUCAUGCCCUUUUUAGAGACUACAGAGGUGCCACUAGACUAUGACGUCUUCACAGACCUAAACUUGUACUUAGUAAUUGGUUUAGGAGCUGUGUCAUUUCUGCUACUGAUAACCAUCUUGGUUAUUAUCGUGCUGAAGUGUCAAAAACCAAAGCCAAAGGCCAUCAAGAUCCCCCCAGCCAACAGGAACAGCGUAGUCAGCAGGAACAGCGUGAUCAGCCAGAGAAGCUCCACCAUUGCAGAUUCCACCCUGAUCUCCAGCGAUGCCUACUGGUACAGUUUGUUCCUCGCAGAGACAAGGAAAGGCAAAGUGGUGGUGAGACAGCCCAUAAUCCCUAAAGGAGCUGGGUAUUUUGUGUCCAGUAUACCCAGAAGCACAGGGAUAAGUGAGACCUCAGACUCCAGAGCAUCAACACUGGAGUACUCAAAAUGAAAGGAAGUCCAUUCUACAACUGGAGCAGGAACCCAGAAGAGAACUGCCAUGAUAUAAUCAUCUCUUCGUGGGAGUCUCUGCCUGAAAUUCUUCCCUGUGACUCACAAAGAAGAUGUAAAACAACUGUCCUCCCUCAGUCGCUCUGCUCCAACUCUUCUCUCUCUCUAGCUCCUCCAAUCCCCCCAUAACAAACAUCAAACCACUAAUCACCUCAGCUUUCUACCUUUUUUCUCUUUUAAGCAUGAAUCUGCAUGAUUCUACAACAUGUUCAAAAAUACUUGGACGUAGAAUUGAAAUCAUUUAUGGCAGAAUAUCUUGGACAUUGCUAGAGUGGCCUCAUAUAGUAAAUCAUCCCCUCCUCCUUAAUGCUUUGAAGCUCCUCAGUGGACAAAUUUGCCUUCUCUCCAGGGUUUACGCUGUGUGCUGUCGUUCUAGAAACCAUCAGUAGAUCACCAUAUACUAAGUUGCCAUCAUGCAACAUUUCUCAAGCAAACAUUCAAAACACGUCUAAUUAUAAAUACACACAUGAAUCAGGGUGAAUAUAUUCUUCCAUAAAUAAUGAACUGUAGCUGGUUAUGUCAUUGAUUCUGGCUUUGCACUAGGUGUUUUUCUUUUUUUUUCUUCUUUUAAAAUAGAACAUUUCUACUGUCAACUAGUAACUCUCAAAUGAAAAUGACUGAAUUUUUGAUUUUUUUUUACAAUGUUUGUUGUACUCAACAGUGAUGAAUGUGUGAAAAUGACAAAAAGAGAAUGAAAGAAAAGAAAAAUGGAAAAUGAAAAAAAACAAGCAAAUAUACAAACAUAGGAGACACCAUUUCUCUCUUUAUUCGAUUGUAGAUACUGUGUAGGUUUUUGACACCUUCAUCACAACAUCAGGUGUGCAGUUUAUACUUUAUACACAUCUGUGCUGUCGUAAAGUAUCUGACUGGGCACAUACAUAAUUAUCUGGCAGUAUUAGGGAGACACAACAACACUGCAAUAUUGAUCCCCCCCCCACCAAGGGAAAAAAACAUAUGUCUUAACUGUAUCAGGCUGUCUGUUCUUGUUGGAUUGAGUGAGCGAGGGUGCAUGAGGGAGGUGUGUCCUCAGGUCAAAUUUUUAUUCAGUGGCACUCUGACAUCACAAACUGUGGUGGGGCCAGGAUGGGCACCAGGUAAAACAUUUAAACAAGAUAAACCAUAUUUUUCAAAAACAGGGUCAAAUGACAAGUCACCUCUCUUUGUGACAAGUUUUUGCUUAUCACAAAUAUAAGCUAUUAUCUUCUCAACUUAAUUGUAACUGACUUUUCCCAGGCUGAUAAAACUGGUAAUUCAAAUAUUAAAGGUGCUAUAUGUAAGUUUUGCUAUUGCAACAUAGCUAAUGUUAGCAGUAACAGCUGUUAACUCACCAAUCUAGAAGAAAACAUUGUGGGGGUUCAGUAUCAAAUUUAAUUUCUUUACUCUAAAAGAACUAUCUCCAGCUGUGGAAAGCAAUGCCAGUGUUUUCUUCGACUGAAGUUAGCAUGCUAACCAGCUAGCCCUGGCUAGGCCAGCCCAUCACUUUCUGAUGUUGCUUCACUGCAGUGUCCAGACUGCCUUGAAGAACUAGCACUACUCAGAGGGUGUAUUCUAACCUCUUGUGCUGUAAACGCAACAAUGGCUGGAGCUCUUGGCAAGUGACCAUCACCACCAGAAGCACCCCUCAAAAACAUAUUUGGUGGCAGAGAAAACUUACAAAUAGCUCCUUUAACUGCAUUUAUUCAGUGCAAAUUAUAUUCAUCAAUUUAAAAAAAUACAAUUACAGUGGAAAUAAAAAAAAAAUAUUUUGUAAUGAUAAAUACUCUGUUUAUUGAAAAGAGCAAGAAUAUUAAAAUGUAUUUAGCUUUGCCAUGGUACAAGGGAAUAUACGGCAAGGUGUUGUUUGAUGAAUAUUCAUGUUUUUAUAGAUAUUUUAUGUAUUAACUUUUAAUGCUGCUUUUGUGAGCUUCUUUAAAGGCAUUUUGUGUUGCAUAUUUGUAGUUUAGUGCAUAUGAUGUUGUUUUGAUAGUGUACAUAUGAGUUAACCUGAAACAAAAGUACUUUUCUUGACCUCAAAGGUAGCGCUGUUGCACUACUGUGAAGCCCAGGACUUUGAUUUCUUAAAAACAAGGAGCUUAUUAGGAGCACUCAUUAGGGUGCUAAAUUAUUAAAUCUAAUUGGUUAGAGAAAAGAUAUUGGAUUGCGAGAGGGGGAACAUGGUGUUAUAUAUAGUUACAGUAUUCUAGUGCUGACUCUGCAAGUUAAAAAAAAAAACACUGCUGAUCACAUAGGGAGUGCAUAAAAGGUAUUGAGCAGAUGACAGCACUUUGAAAUAUGCACUGAAUCUAAAUGUGAUCGCAGUAUUCGGAUGUAUCAAGUUAACAUAUUCUGAGUUGGUGAAAUCUAACCUCUCUUUUCCUCUCUCACUGUCACACCAGGCUGCUCAGACACAAACACAGCUGGCUGUCUGUCUGUCAGACCAAAGAUGUCACUUAAUGAGGGAUCUCUUGCUGUGGAGUACAUGUUCUAUGUGCAGUCAUUGCCUGAACUGGCUGAUUCCAACAGUGUUUAAAGAAAGAAUAAAUUAGACAUAUGAUGAGCUCCUUGCGUGCCUUCCACAUUGUAAAAGAUAUAGGUGACUGUUGUUGAAUGAAAUAAUGGCAUUUUAUACAGUAUUACAAAUUACAGUAAUCCCCAUGAGAAAAUACCACCUUAAAUUGUUGAGGAGUUGUUGAAUAGGGACUCAGCCUUUUGGUUUCAGAACAGGUGUUCUACUUAGAACCAGUAGAUGCAUUUAUUGUAAAUGGAACUGCUUUAUACUUUGUGUUUUUUAUACAGUAGACUUUUUUGAUAUCUUCUGUAUUCACUGUGAUUGAAUGGCACAGGAGGUGCUUGUGCUUGGUAAAGUAAAAAUGUGUUAUUUCUAAUUUGUGUACAUAGCUCAGUUUUUUUCCUCUGCUGAUUUGCCAGUCAGAUUGUACAGUAUGCUUUGAGAGUUGCAUCAAACGUAAUCCAGCUCCAUCCCACUUAGUGGAUCAAAGAUAGUAUGGGAGAGAAUGGCCUUGCUUUAUUUUCAAGUCUAGUUAAUUGUCAGAUUUUGAUGUUGCCUAUUUGGCUUAAAUGUUCUGCCUGAUCAUGCUAGUUUGAAUAAAGCUUUUUAAUCUGUC